AUGGCAAAACUUGGGAGUGAGACCCCCGUCAAACUUGGGAAGGCAAGACUUUUACAGAAGAGGGCUCUUAGGAUUCCCAAUGGAAAAGUGUCCAAGCGAAGUGAGAAAGUGAAGGUUUCAGAAUUGAGGAAGCGUUUUGAAGGCAUCAGCCCAAGCACUAGCUGUGACUGGGAAAUGAACAGUAGGAAGGAGAGGAUUGCCCGGCGGUUGGAGGGCAUAGAGAGCGAGGUGCAUCCCGCCAUAUUACCCAGCUGCCCAGGCCUGGUGACCAAUCGGCUGGUAGAGGAAGACACGCCCCGUUACACACGCGCCUCGGACACCUGUGACCCCUGUGUCGUCACAGUACAACGUUACAGUAAGGAGGACAUGGAGAGUCCAGAGAUGAUGACCCAUCAGCAGGUCACUGCUCCAGAGAGGCAGUCCAGAGCCCGGUGCAGACCCGAGGAACAGACCCAGACCGUCCUCACUGAACCCACAGACCUCGCUGGUACCGACCUGGACUCCAAGGUGGAGCGGAUCGCCCGCUACAAGGCAGAAAGGCGUCGCCAGUUGGCCGAGCGCUAUGGUAUCUCGCUGGACCAAGAGCCAGACACCACUGUCACCGACCACUUCUCUUCCCGAUACGGUGCCUCCUGUGGACGCAAGGAGUUGGCUUCUUCCUUUGAGAGGCAACAGGGCUACACACACCCAGAAACACGCUGCAGGGCAGAGUCUGUGGGGGACGAACACUCCUACACAUCCAUUAGAUCCAGGGUGGGUAGAGUGGCCCACCCACCACAGGGCUACGGCAAGCCUGGCCAGGGGCGACCCAGGGUCGACUCGUUCACAGAGAGGGAGAGGGUGGAGAACCUGGAGAACCAGCGCAGGGCAGCUCAGCAGGAGAGGAACAUCAAAGCCCCCGAGCCGCAGCCGCCAUCUUCCUCCACCUACAUGGAUGUGACGUCGUCGACCUCUGCCAAAGUGCCCGUUGCUAAGCACAACAUCAUCAUGGGGUUGCCCCCCAGCUCACCCAAGACGAAGUCCUUGCUGCCCUCCCCCAAACAGGAGGUGCCCCCUGGGGACCUGUUCAUAGAGCAACAGGCCCACAACAUCCUCAGCAGACAGGGCCCGGAAGUGAAACCACCCAGCGAUUGGUUCCUCCAGACUGAUUCGGCAGGCAACACCCAGUCCCUUAUCAACUGGCCCUCCAGAAUCAGAGUUAGGGAAAGACUGGCCAGGGAUGAGGGAGUUCGAAAGAGGAGUCCAGAGCUGGGCCACCAUGUCUCCGAGGCCCCCCUGUACAGGAGACACCCCCAGAUCACCACCCGCUCCACAGCCUACCACCAUGACCCCCAGGCUCCGGCGUAUACCACUAAUGACCCUCCAGGCCCCAAGUCCUACUCUCACCACCAGCCUCAGCUCACCCGUUCUGGGCAGAGUGAUGACCCCAGCUAUCUGUCCAUGACUACUGGCCCUGAGAUCAGAGGAGUCCAGGGAGUGGGACAGGGGAGGGAGGCUGAGCCCAGAGGAGGGUACAUGGGAAGAGGGGGAGAGAGAACCAGGAUGAGAUGGGGGGAGUCGGACACAGACCCCGAACCAAUCAGACCUACGGAACAACCCAUGACCCGCCUGCAGGCCGCCGAGGUCAGAGCGGAGCUCAGAGCCUCCAGGGAGAAGGGUCAACAACCGUGGAGUGAUAACGCCAUCUACAUCCAGAGAGGCGUUGUCCCCGCCUCUACCCACAUCCAGAACAGGGGAGGAGGCCCAACCACCACCACCAUGACCACUGACGCCUUCAUCUCCAUCCGCUCCUCAUCCGACACUGGGCCCCAUGGGGCCCCUAGAGGCUCCAUCCCCAGGGCCCAGGAGCCAUGGUCGGUCAAAGAGGCAGCAGGCCUGCGAAGGGGAGCCAUUGAAGAUGGGAUCAGAAAUAGAGACCAGAGCCCACUAGAGACCAGGGACGCUCGUAUCUCUGUGGCCAAGCUUCGUCACUCCUACCUGGAAAGUGCUACGACUGCUACUGCCCCAGUCGUCAGGAAACCUGAGCUAGAGGAGGAAAUAAAGUGGGUGUACCCAGGGGGGACGGAGGUCCCCUGGAGAGGGGUGCGGGACAAUACAGUGGUCCCAUGGAGGGGGGACAGGGACAGGGGGCGCAGGCCCAGACUCUACAUCUCGCCUGGAGAGAGUAGAAAGACCUCAAAGAGGUUUAGGACCCAGCCCAUCACCACCGCUGAGAGACACCGGUCUGAUGGGUACUCCGAUGAAGAGAAAUUGGAUGAGCGAGCCAAGCUGAGUGUUGCAGCCAAGCGUUCUCUCUUCAGGGAGUUGGAGAGGAACACGGAUGGGGGCUCCCCAAAACCCCCAUCACGGAACGUGGCCAUGGAGAGGCGACUGAGACGCACCCAGGAGCGCUCCCAUACCCAGCCAGUCACUACUGAGGAGGUUGUCAUUGCUGCCACCCUGCAUGCGUCCUCACAGGAGAGUGCUGCAGCCAGGGAGCAGGCCAGGCAGGCCCAUAAUGCCCUAGAGGUCCAGAGGGAGGCGCAGCGAACCUCCAAGCUCCUCCAGACUUCUUCUCCUGAGGAGAACCAGCCCCAGGCCCAGAAUCAUGGCCAGGGGGACGCAGAGCCGGAUCUGUCCACCUUAAGCUUGGCAGAGAAGAUGGCUCUGUUCAACAGACUGGCCCAGCCAGCCACCAGGGUGAUCCGCACCAGGCCUGAUAGCAGGGGGCGCAGGGCCAACGCCCGUUACCAGACCCAGCCAAUCACCCUGGGAGACCUGGAGCAGGAGCACUCAGACACUGACCCAUGUGAUGAGCAGGAGCUAGGUGACGGGGGCCAGUGUGACAUCACACAAAUCCAUAACGGGGCCAAGUUGGGCCAGCUAUCCUCAUCUGCCCUCAGACCUGGGGCCACGGUCUCCACAGACCACGCAGGGGACAUCCACUUAGCCACUGGGGGCGGGGGUAGCCCAGCCAAGGCACCCAACCCUAGGUACUACGAAAGGUCCAUCCCCCACCACCCUAGCCCUCCCACCCAGAUCACAGAACCCUCCAAUGCCGUCUGGAGGUCUGUGCCUGGCCCCCACCACCAAGCCUCUCUGGAUCUCCAGGCGCACCAGGCUGACACAACCACCAUCCUCCUCCAGGGAGAAGAGGGCGAUCUGUGGGGAGGGAAGAGAGAGCUGCCCUCUCCGGAGGGAGGUGUCAGAAAGGCCCCCAUGCCCCAGCCUCAGGCCUGGUAUGGUGGGAGGGAGUGGGAGGAGGAGCAGCGUUUGGCCAGGAUGGGUGAUGGUGUGGAGCCCCAGCGUGUAUUGAAGGGGUCAGAGAGUGGUGGUGGUGGUCUCCACCAGGACCACAGGCAGCACCAGGAGCAGAGGGGCUAUCUGAGACAGUCAUCAUUAGACCUCCAGGACCCAGACAGACACAGGUCAAAGGUCAUCAGCACUGAGCUGCCAGACACUAGUGUGUCAUCAUCGAGAGCAGCAGAGCAGCUAAGGAGUGCAUCUCUCUCUCCACACACACUGCUGCCUCAGGCUCGGGAGCUGGGCGGCGAGGACACACACACGGACGGCAGCAGUGGUCUGGGACACACACACAGCCUCGUCCAUUCGGAGCAAGAGGACAUAGAGCUCUCAGAAGCCAUGUCGGCGAGACAGAUGUCCAUCAAAGACAGGCUGGCCCUGUUGAAGAAGAGUGGCGAGGAGGACUGGAGGAACAGGAUUAAUAGGAAGCAGGAUGUGGUGAAGAUGGCCGUGUCAGAGCGUCACGCUCAGCUAUGGGAGGUGGAGCAGAGCUUCAAGAAGAAGAACGAAGGGAUGCUGAUUAAUGAGUUGGCUGUGUCUGAUCAGCUCUGGAGGAUGGGAGGGGGAGAGGAGACUACGGAAAACCAGAACCAGCGUAUAGAGAUGUCUAUCCAUGAGAGGAAGCAGCUGAUCGUGGCCCGAGAAGAGGCCUGGAAGUCCAAGGGCCACGGGGCCGCUAACGACUCCACACAGUUCACUGUGGCCGCACGCAUGGUCAAGAAAGGUCUGGCUUCUCCUUCUGCUCUCUUGAACCCUGUGACGUCUCUCCCUUCCAAACCCAAGAACACCACUCCUGCCAUCUCCAAGCCCCUGGAAGAGAUCGAGGCCAAACCGGACAUGAACCUGGAGUCGGACAGUAAACUCGAUAAGCUGGAGUCUUUCCUGGGCAGGUUGAACAGUAAAGUGGGCGGCCUGCAGGAAUCCACCAUCACAGUGACGAAGAAGACGGUCAAAGAUGUCAUGAAUCUGGAUGAUGAGAUGUUCGACAAGUUUUACCGCCACAUGGCCGAGAUGCCCCUCAACAUGAACAGCAAGGUGGACAUCAAUGACGACUUUGACGACAUCUUCGGUGGUACCCAGAUGCCCAAGCUGACCUCAGCCAUGGUGGAGCACAAGCGGUCGGUGCGUCCAGUGCGCAACGUCCAGUCGUCCAGGAACCCUCUGAAGAUGCUGGCAGCCAGAGAGGACAUCCGACACGAGUACACAGAGCAGAGACUCAACAUCGGCCUGCUGGAGAGCAAGAGGAUGAAGCAAGAGAAGAUGAAUAAAAAUAGUGGAUUCUCUGAGGUGGCUCUGGCGGGUUUGGCCAGUAAGGAGAACUUCAGCAGUGUCAACCUGCGUAGUGUCAACAUCUCCGACCAGAUGUCCAACAACAGCGCCGUGCCCUACAAGAAACUCAUGCUCUUGCAAGUCAAAGGCCGACGGCACGUCCAGACCAGACUAGUGGAGCCCAGAGCGUCCUCUCUAAACAGCGGGGAUUGCUUUCUGCUCAUCACUCCCCAUCACUGCUUUGUCUGGACCGGAGAGUUUGCCAACGUCAUCGAGAAGGCCAAGGCUGCUGAGCUGGCCCAGUUCAUCCAGACCAAGAGAGAUCUGGGCUGCCGUGCCAACUAUGUAGAGCUGAUCGAGGAGGGUAUCAACACACACAGCUACGCUGCCAAGGAGUUCUGGAAGAUUCUGGGUGGACAGACCAGCUACCAGUCCGCGGGGACACCAGACGAGGAUGAGCUGUAUGAGAGCGCCGUCGUAGAAACCAAUUGCAUCUACCGCCUAGUGGACGACAAACUGGUCCCCGAUGAUGACUUCUGGGGGAAGGUUCCCCGAUGCACGCUGCUCAGCCCCAAACAGGUGUUGGUGUUUGACUUUGGCAGUGAGGUGUAUGUGUGGCACGGUAAGGAGGUGACUCUGGCCCAGAGAAAAGUUGCCUUCCAGCUGGCUAAACACCUGUGGAACGGAACCUUCGACUACACAAACUGUGACAUUAACCCCCUGGACCCUGGAGAGUGCAACUCACUCAUACCCAGGAAAGGCCAGGGCCGUCCAGACUGGGCUAUGUUUGGAAGGUUGACGCAACACAACGAGACCACCCUGUUCAAGGAGAAGUUCCUGGACUGGACAGACUCCAAGAAGAAAGGUACCAUCAAGAACGGCCAUGAGCACCUCAACGAAAACAACAAGGAGCAGCAGAGCCCGGAACAGAACAUGAUGCGGGCCUAUGAUGCCUCCCUGAUGCUGCCGCUGCUCCAGACCCCGGUUCGUACGGUGUUGGAUGGGGUGGACCUGGGCCGGGGCUAUGGCCCGGUGGCGGGGGAUGACCGCAGGCACUUUGAGAUCAGCACCACCGCCGUGGACAUCUGGCACAUACUAGAGUUUGACUACAGCCGGCUGCCCAGGCAGAGCAUCGGACAGUUCCAUGAGGGAGACACCUAUGUGGUGAAAUGGAAGUACAUGGUGAGCACAGCAGUUGGGAAGAGGCAGAAUCCGGACGCGGUGAGGAGCGCAGGAGCUGGGAAGGAGAAGUGUUCCUAUUUCUUCUGGCAGGGCCGGAAUUCUACCGUCAGUGAGAAGGGAACGUCAGCGCUAAUGACUGUUGAACUGGACGAGGAGAGAGGAGCACAGGUCCAGGUGCAGCAGGGGAAGGAGCCUCCAUGUUUCCUUCAGUGUUUCAACGGAGGGAUGGUGGUCCAUGCAGGGAAGAGAGAAGAGGAGGAGGAGAACUCACAGAAUGACUGGCGGUUGUACUGUGUGCGGGGGGAGGUCCCGGUGGAGGGCCACCUGCUGGAGGUAGCAUGCCACUGCAGCAGUCUGCGCUCCCGGACCUCUAUGGUGCUUCUCAGCGUCUCUAAAGCAACCAUGUACGUGUGGCACGGCUGCAAGGCCCAGCUCCACACACGCGACGUGGGGCGCACUGCCGCCGACAAGAUCAAAGAACAGUGUCCGUUGGAGGCGGGGCUCCACAGCAGCAGUAAGGUGACCAUCCAUGAGUGUGACGAGGGGGCGGAGCCUACGGGAUUCUGGGAAGCUCUGGGAAGGAGAGAUAGGAAGGCCUACGACUGCAUGCUCCAAGAUCCAGGGAAGUUCAACUUCACCCCUCGUCUCUACCAGCUGAGCAGUACGUCUGGAGAGUUUGUUGCAAUGGAGUUCUUCUACCCAGCCAGAAUAACGGAGGAGGUCAACUCACUGCCCUUCCUACAGGAGGACCUCUACACUGCCUCUCAACCAGCCCUCUUCCUGGUCGACAACCACCACGAGGUCUACCUGUGGCAAGGCUGGUGGCCCCAGGACAGCGAGAGCCCCGGCUCUGCCCGUAUCCGCUGGGACGCAGACAGGAAGUGUGCCAUGGAGACGGUGCUGCAGUACUGCACAGAAAAGAAUGAGAAGAAGCCACCCAAGGCGUAUCUGAUCCAUGCGGGACUUGAACCUCUAACCUUCACCAACAUGUUUCCAUGCUGGGAACACAGAGAGGACAUAGCUGAGAUCACUGAGAGGGAGGCAGAGGUUUGUAACCAGAUAAUUCUGGUAGAGGAUGUGUUGGCACGGCUGUGUAAGACCACCUACCCCCUGGCAGACCUGCUGGCACGGCCCCUACCCGAGGGAGUCGACCCCCUACGCCUGGAGAUCUACCUAGACAAUGAUGACUUUGAGGGUGUAGGGGCUUAUGGGAAGAACGCUCUGGAGAUGUCGAGGGAUGAGUAUGAGGUGUUGCCAGGUUGGAAGCAGGUGAACGUGAAGAAAGCCAAAGGAUUGUUUUAGUACUUUGGACAGAAGGCUUGACCAGCGGAUGACAUCAUCAGCAAGCGACGGUCAGUGCAUCGUGGUUCAGUUGUAACAGGAACCCGCCACUGAGAACUUUUUAAUUGAACAUUAUACCCCUUCAUCUCCGGACUGGAGAGGGCUUGGGACACACACACACUUCUGAGAACCCUACCCUGGUUGGAGGGAGGGAAGAGGAGGAGAGAUGCAGUGGUGGAAGGAGUGAGGAUCAACAGAUUUGUGCCAGCCUCGUGUAUAGUUUUCUUCUUUUCUUUAUUUUAUUUGUAUGUGUUACCAGUUUUGUUUUGUAAUUCUCAAUGUAGGUAGUUCAGAGGUGCGUGUGAGUGAAUGUUGAGUGGAUGUUUACGUAAUGUCGGCACCCGUUUUUUUUAAAUCCACACGGUGUGUGUGUGGGUGGG